AUGGCGGCCGGGGGCGGGACCGAGGGCCGCCGGCUCAAGGCAGCUUUAGCGAAGUUCCUGGAGGAGGCAGUGCCUGGGUCAAAUCUGGAGCUGACUAAGGCCCAGCCAGGAGAAGCUGGAGGGCAGCCCAGCCAAGCCGUGGUGCUGCAGGAUGGUGCAAAGAGGGCUUCUGGAGAGAACCCAGGAGGCCCUGCCAAGGGUGGAGGCUGGCGUGCUGCAGUACCUAUCAGGGGACACCCGCUCAAUGCAGCUCCACAGGGCCUGUGGAUGGGGGUGGCUAUGGGAUCCUGCCCCGAAGAGCAGUACUGGGAUCCCCUGCUGAGCACCUGCAUCUCCUGCAAACCCACCUGCAGCCAUCGGAACCAGCGCAUCUGUGCAGCUUUCUGCAAGUCACUCAGUUGCCGCAAGGAGCAAGGCAAGUACUACGACUAUCUCCUGAGGGAGUGCAUCAGCUGCGCCUCUGUCUGUGGCCAGCACCCCAAGCAGUGCAUGUACUUCUGUGAGAACAAGCUCAGGAGCCGAGUGAACCUCCCACCAGAGCUCAGGAGACAGCAGAGUGGAGAGUCCGAAACCAGGUCAGACAACUCAGGAAGGUACCAGGCAUCAGAGCACAGAGUCUUGGAGGCAGGUCCAGUGUCCCCAGGGCCGAAGCUGAGCGCCGAUCAGCUGGCGCUGGUCUACAGCACUCUGGGGCUCUGUCUCUUCGCUGUCCUGGGCUGCUUCCUCCUGGCGGUGACGUGCUUCCUCAAGAGGAGAGGGGAACAGUUCUCCUGCCAGCCCCUCCCAGGCCCCUGUCGAACCCAGGCCAAGUCCUCCCAGGGCUUCUGCUUCCCGGAGCGCAGGACGCCCACCCAGGAGAGCGCAGGCGCGCCGGGGACCCCUGGGCCGUGCGGGCUCCGCGUUGGGACCGCGGCCCUGCAGCCCUGCGCGCGUGCCCCGGGCGGCGACCUCUGCCUCGUGUGCGCGCCCGCCCAGGAGGGGGGCCCGGGCGCGUGA